AUGGCCGGCAUGAAUCCUCCAGCGGUGGCUGGAGGUCCAGUUGGCGGCGGAAUGAUGAUGAACAAUGGAAGCCCGGCGAUGCAGGUCAACACCAGCCCAUCUCCCGACCAGGUCAAAGCUCAGCUGAACACUUACAUCUACGAAUAUUUUCUGAAGUUGGGGCUCUAUGAUCACGCGAGACGGCUGGUCAGCGAAGACAAGUUUGAGAUCCGGACCAAGCCUGCCGUUAAGCAAAGUCCUGGCCGCCGCAAGGAUGCAGAAGUGAACGGAGUGGAUUCAGAUGCCAUGGACACCGAUGUCAAAGACGACAUACCCGAUGACUUGCCUCGCCCCAUGCAUGCUGCGGAAAACACACCCGGUAUAGGAUUUCUCUUCGAAUGGUUCAGCAUCUUCUCAGACCUUUUCACUGCUCACCAGCGAUCAAGUAAAAUGCAGGGUGGUCAAGGCGCAAACAUGGGUGCGGCUGCCCAAUACUUGAUGCAGCAUCAGAGCAUGCAACGCAUGAGAGAAAACCAGCAAAGCCAGAAUCUUGCCCGACCAGGAAUGGUGAAUCCUAACCAGUUUGCCAUGCGUGCCAAUAAUAUGCGCAACAACAUCAUGAAUGGCGCUGUUCCUCGUGAGAUGGCCAAUAAAAUGACCCCUCAACAGUUGCAGCAAAUCAACAAAGCGGCCAUGAUGCAACAGCAGCAACAAAUGCAGCGCGAGCAAGGCGAAGUUGACAUGAAUGGCCGUCCCUCGUCCCCAGUCGAAGGCGACAAUGGUGGGUCUCCGUCCAAGAGACCACGGCUUGAAGGUCAACAGUUCAACGGUGGCAUGAUGCCUAAUGUUCGACCAGGAAUGCCCAACAUGGCCCCUCAGAAUAUGAUGAUCCAGAAUUCCUUCAAUCCCAACAUGAACAAUGGCCAAUUCCGACAAAACGGCGGCAUGCCACAGAAACCCAUGCAGGCAAGUCUGAGAAGCCUCCCUUCCUUGAUAGAUACUAACUGUGAGUAG